AUGAUGAGCUACGGCGGCGGCGGCGCGGAGGCGCUGCUGGGCGCCCCGUUCGCGCCGCUCUACGGAGGCGGCGGCCUGCACUACGCGCUGUCCCGCAAGGGCGGCGCGGGCGGCCCGCGCUCGGCGGCCGGCUCCUCCAGCGGCUUCCACUCGUGGGCGCGGACGUCCGCGAGCUCCGUGUCGGCUUCCCCCAGCCGCUUCCGCGGGGCGGGCGCCGCCUCGAGCACCGACUCGCUGGACACGGUGAGCAACGGGCCGGAGGGCUGCGUGGUGGCGGCGCGCAGCGAGAAGGAGCAGCUGCAGGCGCUGAACGACCGCUUCGCCGGCUACAUCGACAAGGUGCGGCAGCUCGAGGCGCACAACCGCAGCCUGGAGGGCGAGGCGGCGGCGCUGCGGCAGCAGCAGGCGGGCCGCGCCGCCAUGGGCGAGCUGUACGAGCGCGAGGUGCGCGAGAUGCGCGGCGCCGUGCUGCGCCUGGGCGCGGCGCGCGGGCAGCUGCGCCUGGAGCAGGAGCACUUGCUCGAGGACAUCGCCCACGUGCGCCAGCGCCUAGACGACGAGGCCCGGCAGCGCGAGGAGGCCGAGGCGGCGGCGCGCGCCCUCGCGCGCUUCGCGCAGGAGGCCGACGCGGCGCGGGCGGAGCUGCAGAAGAAGGCUCAGGCGCUGCAGGAGGAGUGCGGCUACCUGCGGCGCCUCCACCAGGAGGAGGUGGGCGAGCUGCUCGGCCAGAUCCAGGGCUGCGGCGCCACGCAGGCGCAGGCGCAAGCCGAGGCGCGGGACGCCCUCAAGUGCGACGUGACGUCGGCGCUGCGCGAGAUCCGCGCUCAGCUGGAAGGCCAAACGGUGCAGAGCACGCUGCAGUCGGAGGAGUGGUUCCGAGUGAGGCUGGACCGACUGUCAGAAGCAGCCAAAGUGAAUUCAGAUGCCAUGCGCUCUGCUCAGGAGGAAAUCAGUGAGUACCGGCGUCAGCUGCAGGCCAGGACCACAGAGCUGGAGGCACUGAAGAGCACCAAAGAUUCCCUCGAGAGACAGCGCUCUGAGCUGGAGGACCGUCACCAGGCUGACAUUAUGUCCUACCAGGAAGCCAUUCAGCAGCUGGACAAUGAGCUGAGGAAUACCAAGUGGGAGAUGGCGGCCCAGCUCCGGGAGUACCAGGACUUGCUCAAUGUAAAGAUGGCCUUGGAUAUUGAGAUUGCUGCUUAUAGAAAACUCCUGGAAGGUGAAGAGUGUCGGAUUGGCUUUGGCCCCAGCCCUUUCUCUCUCCCAGAGGGACUCCCAAAAAUUCCCUCUACAUCCACUCACAUAAAAGUGAAAAGUGAAGAGAAGAUCAAGGUGGUAGAAAAGUCAGAGAAGGAAACCGUGAUUGUGGAGGAACAAACAGAAGAGAUCCAAGUGACUGAAGAAGUGACUGAAGAAGAGGAGAAAGAGGCCCAAGAAGAAGAAGAGGGGGGAGAAAAGGAGGAAGCAGAAGAGGCAGGAGAAGAAGAAGAAGAAAAAGGAGAAGCAACAGCUACAAAGUCGCCCUCAGCAGAAGAGGCAACAUCCCCAGAAAAGGAGACGAAGUCCCCAGUUCAGGAAGAGGCCAAGUCCCCAGCUGAGGUGAAAUCCCCUGAGAUGGCCAAGAGUCCAGCAAGGGAGGAAUCCAAGUCCCCAGAGAAGGCCAAGUCUCCCAUGGAAGAGGUCAAGUCCCCAGACAAGGUCAAGUCCCCCACAGAAGUCAAGUCCCCAGUAGAGGUCAAGUCCCCUGAGAAGGUCAAGUCCCCAGAAGAGGUCAAGUCCCCUGAGAAGGUCAAGUCCCCAGCAGAGGCCAAGUCCCCAGCAGAGGUCAAGUCCCCAGCAGAGGCCAAGUCCCCAGCAGAGGUCAAGUCCCCAGCAGAGGCUAAGUCCCCAGACAAGGUUAAGUCCCCAGCAGAGGUCAAGUCCCCAGAGAAGGAAGAAGCCAAGUCCUCUGAGAAGGCCAAGACUCUGGAUGUGAAGUCUCCAGAAGCCAAGACCCCUGUGAAGGAAGGAACCAGGUCCCCCGCGGAUGUCAAAUCCCCUGAGAAGGCCAAAAGCCCCGUGAAGGAGGAGGCCAAGGCUCCUGUGAAAGAGGAGGCCAAGUCCCCUGUAAAGGAAGAGGCCAAGUCCCCCAUAAAGGAAGAGGCCAAGGCCCCCACAAAGGAGGCGGCCAAGGCUCCUGAGAAGGCCAAGUCCCCAGCAAAGGAGGAGGCCAAGUCCCCUGCAAAGGAGGAGGCCAAGUCCCCUGCAAAGGAGGAGGCCAAGUCCCCUGCGAAGGAGGAGGCCAAGGCUCCUGAGAAGGAGGUCCCCAAGAAGGAAGAGGUAAAAUCCCCUGUAAAGGAGGAGGUGAAAGCCAAAGAGCCCCCAAAGAAGGUAGAGGAAGACAAGACUCAAGCCACACAAAAAACGGAGGGAAAGGACAGCAAGAAGGAUGAGAGUCCCAAAAAGGAGGCCUCAAAGGAGGCUGAGGAGAAGAAGGAAGCUGCUGCAGAAAAGCCCCAAGAACCCAAAGUGGAAGCCAAGAAGGAAGAGGGAGGAGAUAAGAAAAAAGCAGCAACUUCAGAGGAGGCUCUGACCAAGGAGGAGGUAAAGGAAGAGGCUAAACCCAAAGAGAAGACCGAGGAGACCAAGGCCAAAGAGCCCAGCAAACCUGCAGAGAAAGAGCCAGAAAAGCCAAAGAAAGAAGAGACACUGGCAGCACCAGAAAAGAAAGACACCAAAGAAGAGAAGGCCGCAGAAGGCAAGAAGCCCGAGGAGAAACCCAAAGCAGAGGCCAAGGGCAAGGAGGAUGAGCGGAGCCUCCCUAAGGAGCCCAGCAAGGAGGCCCCCACACCUAGCAAGCCCAAGACGGAGAAGGCCGAAAAAUCCUCCAGCACAGACCAAAAAGACAGCAAGCCUACAGAGAAGGACUCAAAGGACAAGGCAGCCAAGGGGGAGAAGUAA